AUGAGCACCAGUAGCUUAUCGGCUGUGGCAGAAAGCUACCAGAUGUUCAACCCCAGGGCCUACUUGCAGAACAACUACAUGCCACCUCGCGCCAACUUUGCCAGCGAGGACUUUGUGGUGCCUUGGAAGCUGCGUUGCCUGGCAGAUACCUUUGCAACAGGAGAAAUCUGCGGCCGUGUUCUGGUCGACAUCGGGACUGGCCCCACCAUCUACCAACUCCUCAGUGCCUGCGAUUUCUUUGAGGAAAUUGUGGCCACGGACUACCUGGAAGUGAACCGGGAUGUGAUCCGCAGUUGGGUCCGUGGUGAAGAACCCGGUGCUUUUGACUGGUCCCCUUACAUCCAGCAUGUUUGUAAGAUUGAGGGCAAAGGGGAGCCUUGGAAAGAAAAAGAGCAAAAGUUGAAGAAGAAGCUGAAGAAGAUCCUUCCCAUUGAUGUCCACCAACCCAACCCACUAGGUUCUUUGCUCAGCCAACCAGCUGAUGCAUUGGUUUCCUCUUUCUGCCUGGAGGCGGUGAGCCCGGAUCAGCAGAGCUUCGACAAAGCCCUGAAGAACGUCACCACCCUGCUCAAGCCUGGUGGCCACUUCCUCAUGAUCGGGGCUUUGGAAGAGUCCUUCUACCUGGCCGGAGAGGCCAAACUGAUGGUGGUGCCUGUGAGUGAGGGGCAUGUCCAGGAAGCCUUCACCAAAAAUGGCUACCACAUUCGCAACUUCCGCUCCUACACCAUGCCGCCAAGCCUGAAGAUCGGCGUGGAUGACGUGCAAGGGAUCUUCUUCAUCCAUGCUCAGAAGUCCACCUGAUUCUAGGCUGUCUGGCUUCUCACUUUGCUUGCCAGGGGAUGGGGGGAAAUCACACUGCAUUGUAUGUCGCGAGGAAUUCAGCUUGCGUGGCAUUCUUGUCCUUGUAUCAGUGCUGUAUGACUAGCGCCAAACAGAUAAUGCUGGCAAUUUUUAUGAAUUCACACUUCCCACUGCCAAAUUCCCCUCAAGUCAUUCCUCAGGGCUCCCUCUCCUCCCUGAACAGAUUUAAUGGGGAUCGAACAGUGGUGGGAUCCAAAAAUUUUAGUAACAGGUUCCCAUGGUGGUGGGAUUCAA